AUGUCGAGGCCCCCUCGGGCUGGCCAGCGUGCCGCGAUGUCCAUGUCAGACACCAUGGACAACCCUGUCCCAGUACGCCUGCCCGCGUCAGGGCCCCUGCAGAAUGCCGCCGCCGCUGCGCAGAAAGGCUUUGUGGCGUUUACUGCGCAGCCUGUGGACGCUGUCGGCCCCGGACCAACUGCGGUAGAAUCAGCAGCUGCGUCGCCAGUGCUACACGUGUCGCCAUCAAACAUCCCACAGCUCUCUAGUCACCAAGUGGCCCGCAGCCGCGUCGCUCCGUCAUACACAACCUUUGCCGGUCGCGCCAUCUCGAAUAUCUCGCCAGCCUCUGCAUUCAGUCAGUGCCCCUCGACGGGCCCUGCUGGCCGCUCGAUGCGCACAGCAUCUACCAGCAUCUGA